UACCCGUUUGUUGUGCCCCUGCAGCAACCUUUCGGAUCCUAGGAAAAGAGACCCUGUUUGAGUUGCUGGCACAGCCUUAAACAAACUUUCACAACUAAGAAAGGUUAGCACUCAGAGGGAGUGAACCUAAGCUGGACACUAUUAAGUAGCAGGAGAUGCGGCUUGAUCUGAAUGUCAGUAGUUAUUAGCCAGGCAGAAACCAGAGGGACAGAAGCCCUGGCAGAGUUGUGGAGGGGUAUGACUUAUGUGAGUAAUCGCAGGAUGUCUCAACACGCCUCUAAGAGCAGGGCAUGUUAGAACCACUUCAGUUCUGAUGGUGACUGUAUGGAUGAGAUUAUCAGUGAUCUGAAAAUGAAUUUGGAGCCCAGGAAAGGUGAACCAAAAAUAUAUGACAAGAGCACUACCAAUAAGUCUUGGACAUGGGGUUUGAAGGAGUCAAGAAUAUUACCAGGUUUUUGUUCAAACGGGGAACAGAAGAAAGCAAAUUGGUGAGAGUGGAGUGUUAACUGUAUCACUGUUAGCCUCCCCAAUCUUAAGUUGCAAGUCUGAACUUUUUCAAAAAUUAAAUUUAUUGAUAAUUAUAGAUUGGUAUACAGUUUGGAGAAAUAAUACAGCGACCCAUGGAUCGUAACAUCUUGUAAAACUUCAGCGCAUCACAACCAGGGCACUGACAUCCAUAAAGUCAAGCUACAUACAGUUAGGGCGCACCUUUCUGCUAGAUGAGCUACUGCUGAUUCAUAAAUUGUUUAAUAAAGCCAAUUAGAUACUAAAGUUUAAAUUAAAAAAAUAAGAUACCAACAUUCCAUCAGAGCCCCUUAUGUUGCCUUUCGCAGCUGCACGGGUGCUGCGAAGACAGAAGGGCAGGGAUACUCCCGCCUCUUCGGCGCCAGCCUCAGGCCCCGCCCCUUCCUCCACAACCGACCAACAGCGCGGCCCAGAAGAGCCGGAAGUGGGCGGCAGCUCUCCCUUCUCGCAGCCCCUUGGCCCAAGAUGGCAGACCUCCACCGCCAGCUGCAGGAGUACCUGGCACAGGGAAAAGCGGGGGGGCCAGCGGCGGCCGCUGUGCCGCUACUUGCCGCGGGAGAGGCGGAGGAGCCCAAGGCGGGGAACGGGCCGGCAGGGGCGUGGCCGGGCCGCGCGGGCAUGCGCUGGACGUGGGCGCGGAGCACCGAAGAGCCGAUGACGCGUUCGGCGUGCUUGCCGAGCGUGACACGCUCGCAGCAGCUGGCGGCGAGCGGCGUGUGUCUGCUGCUGGCCACGCUCUGCUUCGGCCUGGCCGCACUCUACGCGCCUGCACUACUGCUGCGCGCCCGCAAGUUCGCGCUGCUCUGGUCGCUGGGCUCGGCGCUGGCGCUGGCAGGCGGGACACUGCUGCGGGGCGGCGCGGCGUGCGGGCGUCUGCUGCGCGGUGAAGAGGCGCCGUCGCGGCCCGCGCUGCUGUACGUGGUGGCGCUGGGCGCUACGCUGUACGCGGCUCUGGGCCUGCGCAGCACGUUGCUCACGGCGCUGGGCGCCUGCGCGCAGGUGGCCGCGCUGUUGACCGUGUUGUUUGGCUGGCUGCCGCCAGGCACAAACACCGCGCUACGCCUAGCCCUCGGGCGCCUGAGCCCCGGCGCGGGCCUCGCCAAGGUGCUGCCCGUCUGAGAAGCCUGGGGACGCGGCGCCAGCGAAGGACGCGAGGUCAGCGACUGGGACGCGCUGUCGCGUGAGACGAGGGGCCAGCGCUCGCCGAACCAAGGACUGCAGCUUCCCAUACCGCACAGGCCCGGGACUCCUUUACUGUGCCAGCGAGUCUGUAAACUGGGAGCGGUUAUAAAAAAGACAAAAGCAAUUUUGGAAGAUCCUCAAUUACGAGUACAUGUUAUGUACUCGGCAGCUUGUGCACUGCAAACGAGAUUAGGUCGUUUGAGUUGGUGAUAUGCUCUAAACAUUUAUGACAUUGCUUGUGCGUCUUUGAGCUCAGUAAAAAAAAAAAAAUCGGAUUUAAUUAGCUGCCCUUGUGACUUUUCUCAGAUUUCGUGUUUACCUCUUAUUUUUAAAAAUCCGGUUGUAGAUUGUAGUUUAUCUAUGAUAAGCUUAUUUUUUCUUUUUCCCUUUGGCUCUUGGAAAUGAUUUUCCCUCAUUCUUCAGUGUGAGUGCAGCCAUACGGGUAUCGGGUUAAAAGUUUAGCCACCGGAUUUUUAAAAAGUACUUUAGUUAAAACAGUUUACCUCAGGUUUUUACUGAAAUUAUAAAUACGGUGCCUUACAAGGAAAAUUGGUUCUGUAUGGACAAAAGCGAUGGACCAAAAAGAACAUGCCCUGCCCAAAGAAAUAUGGUAUCCAGUAAGGUGCAUGUAAGUGCUUUGAGAGGUCCCCGAGCAGAAGUGGGCUAGGAGACCCUAGGGAGAAAGGAAGAUAAUUCUGCAUCCGGAGUUCCUAUCUAUGUUUGAUGGGAACCAUGGAUUUCUAAAAGGUCUAAUAGUGUAAUUACUAACUGUAUGAUUUUUUAAAUUAAUUUAGAUUUUAUAGGCCAAUCCUAAUGCAAAUAUAAGAUGCUUUUCAUAUCUAAUUGCCGAUUUUCCUCCUCUUAGGUUCAGUACUUGUCUGUGAUUUUAUUGCACACCUUUAUUGGCAGAAAGUGUGGGCUUAAUAUUCUUAUGAGUCCAAAAACUACAGGUUUUGUCACUAGCUAUAUAUUAACUAGAAAAUAAAAUGUAAUUUUAAAAUUCUAUUUCUGUGGUUCUCAUAUUACAUCAGAAUUACUUGAAGAGCCAAACCUCAGAUCAGUUCCAUCAGAAUCUCUAAGGGCUGGGACCCAGGUAUGAAUAUUUUUCUUUAGAGCUCUCCAGAUGAUUCCAUGUUCACCUAAGGUUAAAAACCACUUUUCUGUGCAUUGGAUUUAACAGUUUGAAAUUUUUUCUGGGGCUGGAUUCCAGUGUUGCCUAAACAAGUGUGUCAGGCAGCAGUAGAGCAUUGCCUUAUCAUCCAGCCUCAAAAUUUUUAAUCUUAGGUCCUGAUGAGUGUCCUAAGCCCUGCCUCAUCAAGUGACACUAAAGUGACUGACAUCCACUGUGGUCUUACAGGCUACUUCACGUGCCUCUUCCACAGUGUUCUCUGAGGGUUACCCACCUCAAGAGGAACAACCAACCGGGUGUUUGUAAGAGCAGAUGCAGUUUUCCAGGGAGUAUUUUUUUUUUUCAACUGGAAAACUUGUGCCAUUGCCUGCUCUUCUACCCCCUAGUUAAAUCUGUUCUAUAUUUCUUUAGAAUUUUCACAGCUGAUGACUUUACAGUUUUUAUCACAUUCUUAUGUUGAUGCUAUUAGUUCUAAAAAUUAUUUUCCCAACAUUUUCUCAAGAAUUCAAAUGCUGAAAGUCAAGUUUUUAUAAAAUUCAAAGCACAAUAUUUUGUAUUUUGACGGCGGUGUUUUAAAAUGCCUAUAUAUAUAUAUAUAUCCUAAGUAUUUCAUAAUAUAUAGAUUUCAGGUUUUUCUAAGUGAAUUCAUUCUCAAAAUGUGAUCUGGUUAUCUGCUUACUGAGGUACUGUGUUGUAAAAUUAAAGCCUAAAAUGUUAAGAUGAUAAAUGUCUACCAAUCUCAGAAAAAGGAGCCUAAUCUCGAUAGGGGUUUGGUCUCUGGAUCCCGUUUCAGCUUCUCAGAAUUUGAUUACAACUUCUUUUUAAGCUAUACCAGUGGAGAGCAAAUAAAGAAUAUCCACAAACCUAAA